GUUUAUUUGGUUUCGCCACUUAUAGUUCACAGUACAGACGGAGUUUGCCAAAGCGAAAGUAAACCAUGGAUUCACCAGAUCGGUCAGACACACCUGGUCAGAAGGCCAUAGAAGUGUCACAAAACAAUAUGGAAGUCUUCAAGAAACCCAUUCAGCCAGCUCCUCGGAAGAAGAAAAAAGUGUUAGAUGAAGAUAGUUAUGUCAAGGAAGUGGAGAAAAUAAUAGAGAGAGAUUUUUUCCCUGAUCUGGAGAAUUUGAAGGAUAGGUUGGAGUACUUGGAUGCCAGAGAGCAAAAUGACAUGGUCAAGUUAAGGGAACUUUACUCCAAAUACUCUGCGGGGAAGGAAACGCCUGUCCUCCGCAAUGUUGAGGAGAGUCCAGCAACUUUCGAGACUCCCUCUGAGAGCCGAGGAAGUGCAACACCCCGGAUGGCAAGUGCUUUUGGAGAAGGGUUGGAAACUCCAGAGACCAAUAGAAAAGACAAACAAAGUGACAAGGUCUCUGUGAGUGGGAAAGAGAUGUCGCUGGAUGAAUUCCUUCAAAACCACACAAGUGAAGAUAACGAGAGCUUUGAGCAGAUAAUGGAGAAAAGCGAGCAGCGCUUCAGGGCCAAGUACUAUUGGAUGUUUGAUGCAGAAGAAAAACACAACAAGGAACAUUUGCCAAAUCUAGCUUUACCAACGGCUGAGCAGCAAGUUCAAGCCUCAACCUUGGCCAUCACAGGAACCUCGGUGCAAAAUGAUACCCGGCCAAAGCAGGUGGAAAAUUGGAAAUUUGAAACAUUCAACUCUGUCAUGUUUGUGCCUGAUGCGGCACCUUUAUCAAAGACAAGAUCUGUAGAACUUGCAAAACAGAAGAAGCGUGAGAUAAGCCUUUCAAACACCAGGUUUGAGGGCAACCCCUUUACUGAGACCUUGAGCCAAGCAGCAAUGAUUGAGGCUUCAGCUAUCCAAGCCAGCAAAAAGGAAGGCAAAGUAGGAGUGGAUGGCAAGGAGCUGGGGAAAGACACCCCGAAGGUGAACGGUUAUAGCUUCGUGACAGCCCCAUCCCCUAUUCCUGGUGUGGAUGCCUCACCCCUCAUGACGUGGGGUGAGGUAGAAGGAACUCCUUUCCAGCUUGACGGCAGCCAGACCCCACUUUUAAAGAAACACACUCCUGGGCCCACGUACAGGAUGCCUAAGCUUCCCAACAGAGAGCGCCUUGGCCUCCAGCUGGCUGAAAAGGCGAGUCAGAAGCACAGGCUCAAAAAGGCCAAGGCUGCCACUGCUACCAUGACCUCUUCAAGCACUCCUGGCAGCAGACACACCCCACAGUCAUCACUGCAGAGAAUCACCUCCAUGUCUCCAGCAGCACAGAAGCUUCUCACAAACAAACUAGUAGUUAGACAAGGUACUGACAAAGCCCUGAGAGCCUCUUACACCCCUUCACCAAGCAUUCACCGAGGUUCCUCAACGCCAGGAGCUAUUACACCAAAGACUGACUAUCUCUCCAGUGCACACAGAACACACACACCGAAAAUAAAGAAAAUAAGAACCCCAUCAGCAUCUAUUGAAGAUCCAUCCCCUGGGCUCACUGAUAAUCUACUGAAUUUGCCUCGGAGAGCAAAGACAAGCCCUACGCAAGGUAGCAAUGAGUCACAGGAAGGGCCAAGAAAGCGUGCAGCUGAUUUCUUUUGAGUAUGCUGACCACAUAUAUCCAUUGAAUACUAAUAUAAUUGUCAAAUUAUGAUGCUCAAACUUUGUGUAUAAGGUGUGAGACAGUUUGUAAAGCAGAAAGGAGGGGGACUAGAAAGGUUUCAUAGUAAGGAUAUGACCUCAGUCCCAGCUCUGUUGUGCCUUCAUCCUCUUCCAUUGGCUGUUCGUUCAUUAUGUACAUUAAUUAUCCUUGCAGUACUUACCUUUCAUAGAUCUUAUCUUAAAGAGCUAAACAGUAUUCCUUGGGUUGGUUGGUUUAUAUAUACUGUUGCAAAAUUUCCAUACUGGAAGCAGUACUAUACAUCAUCUGUGUCAUAUUACUAUGUGUAUUUACACAUCUCUCUUCAGUGUUUAUGAAAUAACACUAUCAUUUCCAUUAUCUUGAAUUUCAUUUUGUUGCAAUGUUUCCUUUGAAUUAGCAUCACAGGUGGGAUUAAUUCAAAAUCAUCACAUAGUCAUACUUUAAAGUAUGAAAAUCUGUAUAUAUAUAUAUUUAGCGAAUGAAUAUUGGUGCAAAAUGUCUUGAUGUAGUGCGAAAGAAAUUCUAAAACUUCUGUUAGCAUUUUUCUCCCUUUUGUAUAAUUUAUUUUCUUUAUAGUGUCAUGUUUCCCAAAGAGAGAAGAAAUGGCAGAAACACAUUUGAUUGCCUGAAGUGCUUUAGUCAAGGGACAUGUUGAGAGGAUGUUGAAAUUCUUCAGUAGUACCAAUAUAGCACUACUAUUUUAUCGUAACUUAUCAUGUACCUAAAUGGAGAUGGUUAGUGAAUAUAUGACUGGGUUUGUAAGCAAAUACUCCACUUUACUUAUGAAUACAUGAAUUAAAACAAUUCAAAUAAGUAUGUGUUAUGUCCUGUGUUGUGAGGGGCAAAGAUAUAAUACAUGUUUGUGAAUGUAUUCAGUGUACAGGUAACUGCACUGAAAUAAGAAAUCUGUUUAGAUUUAUAAUUGUUCAUAUUGCCCUCAGAGUGAUAAUACAUUUAUUAAUAAAGAA